UAAAAACGCUAAAAACUAAGGCAUUAUAUUAUUAUUAUUAUUGCUAUUAACACCGUGGGAUUAAGACUAUACUUCAGGCAUGGAAGGCUAAUUUUGUUCGUCUUUUCUCCCGAAGUUUCUGUGUUUUCUCAGCGGCACAGGUACACCAGUUUCACCGGGCCACCCCGGUUACCUGCGCGGGCGAGGGAGAAGUAUACGGAUGACAACACUUCCACAAGAUACCCUGCAUGGCCCACCGUACCACAGAGACCCACGGAAAACAAGAAGGCAUAUAUCGUCUCCGUUCACUGUCCCGAACAGCCAAUCAAAUGUGAUGUCUUCUGGCGAGCCGAGCUGAGAAGUCUCAGUCAACCAAUCGCAGCCCCCAUUAUAAGGCGAUAAAAUUGCGAUGAAUUAUAUUUCUUUCAACAAGUUUACCGCUUGUAGUGACAGGCUAGCAAACUAUCCGAGACUCGUACUUCGACAACGUCUGGCGGCGAAACUUUACAGAGAUGAAGUGUAGACCAAUUAAGAGAACCGUUCAAGAAACGAGGAUGUGAGGCUCUGUCUCUCUUGUAUACCAUGGAUUUUAUUCUGCGGUCAGGAAAACAUUGGAUUUACUUUACUCUAGUCUUUUUUCUGCCUCUGCUGCAGGCGGCCCUCGGAAACUGGAUGUACUUGGGCAUCGCCUCGCUGGGCUCCCUGGGUACGGAGCAACAGACUGGUUGUAACGAGGUCCCGGGGCUAGUGGUCCAGCAACUGGAGGUGUGCAAGAACAACCCCGAGUCCAUCUGGUGCGUCAGUGAAGGGGCGCGCAGAGGGAUUUGGGAGUGUCAGCGUCAGUUUAAAUUCGAACGAUGGAACUGUACUACCACCCGAAAUCAGUCAAAUCUAUUUGGUGAAAUCCAAUAUCUAGCAACAAGAGAAACCGCCUUCAUUUACGCUGUCUUGAGUGCUGGCGUUGUGCAUGCCGUGACCGAAUCAUGCAGCGCAGGCAACUUAACGGACUGUUCCUGCGAUCUCACCCGUCAGGGCAUGAGUAACGUCGAGGGCUGGAAGUGGGGAGGAUGCAGUGACAAUAUUAACUAUGGAUUAUGGUUCAGUAAGACAUUUGUGGAUGCCCCUGAGACCACCAGACACACAAACAGCCGGGAUAUAAAAAACAGGAUGAAUCUGCACAACAACGAGGUCGGGCGACAGGUCGUGGAAAAGAAUAUGCGCAUACAGUGCAGAUGCCAUGGAGUGUCCGGAUCUUGUGCUGUGAAAACAUGCUGGAAGAAAAUGCCAAGUUUUCAUGACAUAGGAAAACUACUAAAAGAAAAAUACGACAGUUCCGUGGAAUUGGCUCCUCGUUCGAGGAAAAAGCUGAGGGCUCGGAUGCGGGAUCAUAGAAAUAAAAAAGGUCGAGUACCUAGAGACCAGCUUGUACACCUUAACCGAUCGCCCAACUACUGCCGGCCGGAUCCGGACAAUGGCAUUCUGGGAACUCGCGGAAGGUUAUGCAAUCGAUCUUCCACCGGCCCAGAUAGCUGUGAUUUAUUGUGCUGUGGUCGUGGAUAUAAUACCCAAGUUGUGCGCAACGUGAGGAGGUGUCAUUGUAAGUUCCACUGGUGUUGUUAUGUGUCGUGCAAAACUUGUGAGACGAUGAUCGACAAACACACGUGUAAGUGAAUACCCCAAGACGAUUAUCGAUGAAAAAUCGAUGUAUAUGAUCAACAAGAAAGUAGCAAGGGAAGUGGCGUGGAUUCUCCGCUGGAUUCAGGACAAGACGUUCUAAAGUGAGCGCGGAACUCAGUGGGGCUGUAUAUCGAUGUAGACAUGGAAAGAUUAUCAUAUUAUGUUAUAUAAAAUCGUGUAGUGACACAUACUAAAGGCAUGGAGUCACAGCGCAUUUUACACGAGUAAUUUAUAUCGGUAUAUAGACAACAGAAUCACCUGAUUCAUAGCGCGUAGAGGUUUCAUAGCUGGACCAAGGAUGAUGUAGGAAUGAGUGAUACACACCCGAAAUACAUCUCAUGAAUUUAGAUUCCACGUUGUCCUGAUAUUUCUGGCUCCAUAUAGGUUUGUGGCAUUCACAUGCCAAUUUAAACAAUUGGUUAUGUACUAUGACUGCCGAUGUUUAGACAGUGUUUAGAGGAAGGUUCCAAAGCUGUUUUACGGCAACUGGGAUGUUUAAGGUUGUUCUCGACGAACAAGCUCAGCUCUUACUAAAACAUGUCGAAGAGUAUAUAGUACUUUCAUAUCAAUAGUUUAUUCUAAAGUUUAUUUGUGGGAGGAGUGACUAUUUUACCAACCUUUAAUUAUUUUGUCCGUAGCUUUUUUACUAAGAUUUGAUCGCAUUUAAUACACUUGAUGCAUUAAGAGAGUAGAACCUGAAUGUCUUUUCCUUCUCAUUUUAAUGAAGUUCACCUUUACAAAUUGUACUAUUGCCAUUAUAAUGCAGUUCCGUUGGUGUCAAAGUCAGUCUGUUUGAACGUAAUAUAUUUAUAUAUUUGUGACAGCAUUAUAUCAAUGUCUAAGUUUAAGAUUUAAGGAAUACUAUAUGUUUUAAACCUUUUAAACAUUGGCCACGGAAAACAGUCUGCAUGACCUUUAAAUUGUGGAGUAAAACGUGCUACAUGAUGAACACAGAAGAGAAAUGCUAUUUCCUCUUUUGAUAAAUUAUUCGUGUCGAAUUUCUACAUAACAUGUUUAUAUAUCAGAUAAGGUGUUAUGAAAACUCGUAUAGCAACAAAGGAACUGUCUUUGGCGACGAAACUCUGCCAGAUCUUGGGGACUUGCCGCAGUUCUUUUUUCAGUUAGCUAAACAGCAUUGUGUUACUUCACAGAAAUUGGAGAUGUCUAUGUGAGGUACUGAAGGAUACUAACAAUAAUUUGUAAAUAAAUAUGAGCACCAGUGUUUCGUUGCUGUUGUUUAAAACAUCCACUCCUUUUUGGUCCAUUUUGUUUAUACGGAUGGUUAUUUCUACAGUCAGACCCUUGGAUGUAAGUGAUACUGCGUUACUGCGUUGUUAUGUCACAAGGAAAGUUAUUUUCUUCUUUUGUAAUGGUCCUUCAGGUAAUGGUAUAUAUCCGGAAAUAAAAUAGAUCCAUUGGACUUGAGAUGUUUAAGCAAAUCAAAGAGGACUUGAAUUGCUUUAUUCACGAAACUAUCCACCGUAACCU